GCAGUUGCAUCAUUUGCAGUUAACCACAGGAUUGUAGUCUGUAAUGCUGAGCAGCGUUACGUUGUUUGGCAUGCUUUGGGGCAUGGGCCUGACUCAGCCAGCCCAAAGAGCAAAAAUUCUCAGAGUUCCUGUUGUUUCGGUAUUAUGGAAAAAAAUAAUGCUCUUGAGCAGUGUCCAAAAAUGAUCGCUAUGACAGGUGCAAUCGAACAGCUGAGUUGUAUAGGUAGAUGGCUAGUCAAAGCUUCCAUAUUUGCAUACACAAAUAUAAUCUGCAGAUGUGACGUGUUAUCCGAAUAGCAGACGGUUCGGGCUUUUAUUUAAGUACUUUUUGUCUGGAAUAACUCGGGAGUAAUUGUUUUGGAGCCUUCCGGAAAAUAAGCUAUGUUCCGGUGCUGAGGAUGGGAGGUAACAGUUCCAAGUCAAAGGGCCUGUGGCCUUUUGCCGGUUCGGGUUCGGGUUCUGAUCCAGCCGGCGAAGGGAGUGAUCAGUCUCUGGCAAGGCUGCGUGGGUUGCGGAGUGCCACGCCCUUCGUAUUUACGCGGAGGAGCUCGUUGUACUACGAUGAAGAUGGUGACCUGGCCCAUGAAUUCUAUGAGGAGACAGUAGUGACUAAGAAUGGUCGGAAAAGGGCCAAACUGAAGAGGAUUCAGAAGAAUCUGAUACCUCAGGGAAUUGUGAAGCUUGAUCACCCCCGGAUUCACGUGGAUUACCCAGUUAUCCUCUGUGAAGUGUGAUGGACAGCUGCCACAACAGGCCGCGGCCAGCACUCUAAUAAUUUCGUCCAAGUCUUCUCCACGAAGCCCUACCGACCUCCAAUGUCCCAUACUGGAUUUUCAUUCUCACGAGUGGUGUUUCUUUGGAAUGUGUUAACAGCGCCCACUUGUGGACAGCUGGGCCCAUGGCGGGUUGAGUGGCUGCUGCUGCCACCAAGCUUUGUGAGAAAUGUUUGACUACAUCCCUUGUGGAGGUGCAUUGCCAGCUGAUUGGCUGAAGUUAUUUUUCCAUCUCUUUGAUAGGGGGGUGAUAAGUUAGCAGUCCAACACGUACAUAGACACUCAUGGUAUGGGUAUUCGUAAUUCCCAUUUUGUUCUUUGCAUCGAUAAAGGUGAUGAAAGCCUCACUGCAGUACUUCUCAGUUUAUUAUUAGACCCGUGUAUUUGAAAUGUCAAAAUUAAUGAUGUUACAAAGGCAAACGUAGUACAUAUUGCUUGGAGGUAACAAAACUUGAAUAUAUUAUCCAUUCAGUGUGUUAAUUUGAAACUUCCCUAGUUUUUUAACAAUGAAUCCUUGGAGUUUUGAGAUUUGGGAAGGUGUCAUGUAACACUUCCUGAAAACGGAGGUGUGUUAUUUACCAAUGUUAUUUAUCUAGGUGGUUUGGGGGCGUAAGCGGUACAUAGCUGCAAGCUAUGGCAUGGAAGAUUUUUUUAAUCUCAAUUAUAGAUGUAUAACUAUGGAGUUAUGAAAUUAUAUUGUCAUAUAAUUUAUGGUCUUUUGCUCAUUCUGCACUACAGCCCAGUAGAAAACAAUUGUAGUUAUCUAGAUACAAGUCAUUGAGACUGGCUACCUUAAAUUGAAUACUGUUAGUUCAUUAGUUAGCAUGAAGGACAGGCGAAUGACAAAGUAUCAUGUUUAAAAUCAACACGGGAAAAUUUGUGUUUUGUUUGCACUGUUUCCACCAGUAGAUAACCUGAAUAGACUGAAUUAUGCAAACCCCUCAUAUCUCCCUUCUGUAUGUUUUAUUCUGGAAGUCGCUUUACAUAUCGCUCAUGAUUCAGAUUUCUGCUUGCAGAUCGGUCAGAUGGCAGAUUAAAUAAGAUGUUGUUUUAUUUCCUUGAUAGACAUAUUUGCCUAUUUAUAUGACAUAACAUAUCACUGAUGCAGUUCAGCUGAAAUGUCUUCAUUUCAGGUGCAGGACCCUUAUGGGACUUAGCUUGUUACCUUGUGGUGAGUCCCUGAACUAAAUUGUUUAGUUCCUUAAGCACUUUGUUUAUCACGAUACAUUAUCCAGAAUUAUGAAUCACAGUCUAUGUUAAUGCAUCUUACAGAGAGGGUUAUUUUUAAGUUUAUAUAUGUACGUGUUCUAUAAUUUAUUUCGCAUUCUUACAGAUUUUUACAACUGGGUAUUUAGAGGCACACUUACCCAAGUGGGGUUUCAACCAGUCAUUUGUUUGUUUACUAGUUUCCUAAUUUUGCUGCUGCCCAAUGUACAGGGACAUUCAUUCUGCAUUAAUAAACUGCUUUGCAGGUAUUUUUCAUACCAUGUGGCCUCAUACCUGCUGUUUGACUCUCCAAUUCUGCCCAAGUUGUGCUGUCAGUAACAUUUUGGUAAUGUCACCUUCAUUGCUAUACUGGGUGUAUACUGGUGCACAUUGUUCUGGUGGAUGACAGUAGUUAGGCUAUUCCCCUGAUAGCAGCAGUGUGAGUUUGUUUCAACAGGCUCUCAAACUUGCAGAAUCCUGGUCAGUUUCUACAGAUUGUUGCAUUAUUAAGAAGAAUGGAACUUCCAGUAUGCAGUCUUUUCUCAGUUUUGUGAUAUUGACACUAAACUGGUUAAAUCCUACUGAAUGUUCCUGUGCAUAAUGUUUUAAAUCUAUUGCUGUUACCAACAACUUCAUAAAUUAAACCUUGCUGUGAAACUGCAAAUAACCAACGUUCUAGCUAUUUCUGGUAAUGGGAUAUUGGUACAUUUAUAUGAGUGGAUGUGCUUUGGGAAGGAGCUUUACUGUGAAUGAGGAUGAAUUAAAACGGCUGUCGUUUCCGCUGUUUGUGUGUCUUGCAGGGACGGACAGGGCUCCCUAACCUUCUGCAGCCUGCUGGUCUCUCUGACUCCCUCAUAUGUCAUAUCAGUUAGGUCUCUGUCCUCACACCCAUGCUUCAUCCCCACAGUUUUGGGAGGACGCACCACAUAGGACAGAGCUAGCUGCAAAAAGAGGUUGAUUUGAAUGGGUCUGCAGUUUCCUUCUACCUUGGAAGGGCAAGUUUUUAAGAGAAACCAAGGAUCACUUUUUGAGUUACACUCUGUGAUAAAUGUUUAGUAAAAAAGCUCAGUGCUGCUUCUCAUGCUGGGAUAGUUGCACAGUCUGUGGAUGAGACACUAUUUUAGGGCAGGCAGCGUAGCAGCCUGCUAACUAUUUAAAGAAAUAUUGCAUAAGUGCACCAAAUGGUUUAAAGGACAGAUUCUGUAUUUGAAGUUAUAUCUAUACUAAUCUGUGAAUGUGCUUAAUUCAGAUCAUUAGCCUACAGGCACAGCAGUGCCUCUUUGCAUGAUUUCCAUAGCUCCUGGAUUAUUUUAAUGCCUUUUAGCUAUACAUUCAUCACAAAGCAGAGUACAUCAGGCAAAAUGCGGGUUGAUGUUAAAGCCAAACUGUUAAAUACUUCAGGUUUUGAUGUUUUAUUCUUUUUGGACCAGUUAAAUUGUUUUUCAAAGUAAUGCUUUCAAAAUUGUAAUUGUUUAAUAGCAUUAAAAUGUUGACACUGGCUCAGAAGGAAGCCUGUGAUAUAGGGAAAUCGCUUAACUGUUUGGCUGCUUUGUCAGUAAUGUGACCGUUUGAGACGGUAUCCAAGACGUCCGUAUUAGUUGUCGGUAUGUCUGUGUAGAGGUCCUUUUGUGUUGGGAGACAUUGAGACAAUGUGAGAGAUUUUUUCUCUCAGAGAGGGUGUUUUUUCACUCCUAAUUAAACAUCCUUUUAGAUGGUGUAAAGUUUAUUCCCGCCUUGUACAUUUGUUUUUGUUCCUUUGUUGCCAGUCAGAAGUUGUGGUUCAUUCAGAUGGUAUUGGCAGCCUUAAUGUUUAUUAAGAUCACAGGUUCCUACUGCUGUUUUCCAUGCUGGAGUUGGUGUGAUUUCCUGUUAGGUGCCCUGGUCAGUAUAGUGGAAGAUGUGAGGCUCAUUGGUCUACAUUCUGUUGUCAGCAUUUUCUCUUUGUUGUGGCUAAAGUUUGAAAACAGAUCUUAGUAGCAUGGUAUUGGAUUUAUAUGUAUGCAAGUGUUAUUAAACGCUAAUUAAAUUCCUGAAUUAUGCAAUACUAAUGGGAUUUUUUGCUGAGUAAAAAGGGAUUAAGUGAGUUUUGUGUGCUGGUUUAUAGGACUUGCCAAAAAUCACUGAUCUUUAAAACUUUUCUUCUACAAAUACCCGCAUUCAGUUGUUACAAUUGAAGUCUUGCUGUUGUUUGUUCAGCUGCAUUUCUGUGCAUUUUUUUUGCUGGUUUCCCUUGUUCUGAUGCAGAUGGUUUAACACAUUUUGUCCUGGUGAUUUUGGUAUCUGCAAUUUCUUUUCAGAUCCAAAGUUUAAGAACAAGACUUGACAAAUUAUAUUCAGCAAAGCAAGGGACACUAAAUACAGCCUGUGUAAAAUGCUGUAAAAUCAUGUCAUGAUAAAUGUUAGCAGAUGGCCUUGGGUAAUUAUACUGUGACUUCAUUUACCAGUUUCCUUCUUUUCAUAGAGGGGCCCACUGCUCACAGUAUGUGAGAGCAGUUAGCACACUUAUUUAUGACCUGCUUGGCAUGAAGAUGAAGACUUCUGCAUCCACUGUGAUAUUAGUGCUUAUGUUAGCUUGGGUGGUUUUUUCACUGAAGUGAGCAUUGGAAGGGUUGCUCGUGAGAAUGGUUCAUUGUGGAAGGAAGAAACUGCACAGUUUGCUACGUUGUAGUCAGCAUCUUCCCUUUUUGGUUACUAUGAGAGUAAGCAAACUAUCAUUAACAUUUGCAUAACUAUAAAUGAUGAGUAUUGUGGUGUUUGCAAUAGAGUGCGAAUCUGCAGCCUUUCUCAUUGAAAAGUUGCUUAGACCAAGCUGACCUACCCUCUCUGCUGAUGCUCCUUAUCCAAGAAUGUUGGAGACCUAUUUUGCCUGAUAAUGCUGGAGAAAUAUUAUGCAAGAACUUGACUGAACUGGAAAAACAACACAGCAAUCCCUCGAUUUACACUAAUUUGUUUGUUUUUUUUUGCUUUGAUACCGAAAUUUCGAUAUCAUCAACGUAACAUUUUUCAGCCAAAGAAUAUACUAAAAAUGGUACAAGCAGUGAUUUUUUUUUUCAAUGUGAUGGUUCCAGGCAAACUUUGUGUGUAAAAAAAGAAAAAAAAAACAAUGUAUUACCCAUCAGUUUCCUUGGCACAACAGUUUCCAGCCAAAGAAUAUCAAAUGGAAUAAAUUUGUUGGUGAAACACGUUGCACGUAGAUCCAUAUACAGUAUAGGAUGAACAUGUUGUUUUUCAGUCUUUGUUCUACAUUUGCAUUGUUUAAUAUGUUUUAUUGUGCUUUUAUGUUCAGCCAUAAUUUCUAAUUGAUGUUAUAAGCUUUUUAUUGUGAUAUUUGGGGAUAAUUGGGUGCUUUGGGGUUGGAAAACAAUUUUUCCAAUUAAAAAUAAUGGAAAUUGGUUUAUAUUUACUUUUAUUGCAAUUUUACAUAUGUUGUUGAACAAAUUAAUGUAAAUCGAGGUAACACGGAAGGAUCCACUUAGUGUCUUCAUCAAGAGGAGUUUGUUGCAAUGUUCCCAGGAGGACGAAAACAUACUUCAUUUUUGAAUUUAUGGUGUAAAGGGUGUUCUUGUGAAUUUCACCUCUUUCAGGUCUCUGACAUAAUUAACUCUAAUCAAACUACAGCAUAUUUGUCAUUUGGAUUAGAAUAAAUUCAUGCCCCAGAUGUGGAUGGGAAUUUAGACAUGCAGUUUAGACAGUAUCAAGCAAGCAAAUUCUUGUCAUCCUGUUGUAUGGAUACACACCUCAUGUAUGCAUACAUCCAAGUAAAAGUUUGUAUAUACACUAUGUGUAGUACUGCCACUUUUGCACAGGUAGGGAUGAUAUCAAGACAUUUAAGUAGGCAUUUUUUUAAGUGAUAAAUAUUUUUUUAAUUUUGUUUGUUGUCUUAUUAUUUUAAAAUAAAUUCAAAUUAAAUGUU